AUUACGUUUGUAUUUCUAGGUAAAUUUUAAAAAUGAUCUAUAUAUUUUUUUAAAUUUAAAUUAUUUUAAUUUUGUACUUCAUCUUCCAACGCAAAAAGUCAAUUUCUUAGUAAAGAAAAUAUCCGUACCGCGUCUAUAUUUACGAGAUCAUGCGAAACUUGAUUUUUACAAAUAAGGGUGAGUUACCUAUAAUUAUAAAUGUUAUCUGUGUGACUGAAAAUUGUACAUAAAUAUUACCUAUGAAAAUAAUUUGUCAUUGAAAAUCAGAAGUUUAAUAAAUAAAGAAAGCGACACAAUUGAACCUUUCUUACGUUGUUGAUUAUAAGAGAAAAUGUAUGACAUGGAAAAUAUUAAACAAAUCUAUUAGGAUUAAAAAUUAUGAAUAACUAUGUAUGUUAACUGAACUCUCUUUAAGAUUUUUGUAUUGUGCAAUAUUGACAAUAAUAAUAGUUUUAUACUUAAUGAAAUUAUUUUGUGCCUAAAAUUAUUAGCAUGCUUAAUAUUCCAAUUGAAUAUAUAUAACUAAGGACAGAAAUUAUUAGUAAAAUUUUGAAUUUUUGAAUCCUAGUAAUAGCCAGUGGAUUCUCUUCAAACUAACUGUUCUCUCGUUCCAACGACUUUUCCAAUUAUUUUUCUAUACACUAGAUGUAUUAUUAUUCUAUCCAGUGAUACUGUAAUGUUUAUACAAUUUCAUGAUCGAUCGCGUUCGAUUUGAAAAGCAUUGAAGUUUUCUCUCGCUCAGUGUUUACAGUUUAUUACUACGAAACGGAUAUAACAUCAAAUUUUAGGAAAUCGUUGGGAAUUUUAUUUUUUUCUAAUUGAUAAAUUAAUUAUCAUUCAACAACAUGAGUGUCAAAACUCUGGAUGAUCCAACUAUGGAGUUACCAAUCAAGGAUGUCAAAACUGUGGAAAAUCUAAUUGAGGAGUUACAAAUCAAGCGUGUCAAAACUCUGGAUAAGCCAGUUACGAAGUUACGAAUCGAGGAUGACGAAACUCUGGAUGAGCUAAUUAAGGAGUUACCAAUCGAGGAUGACGAAACUCUGGAUAAGAUAAUUACGGAGUUACAAAUCAAGGAUGACAAAACUCUGUAUAAGCUAGUUAGGGGGUUAUACUUCAAGGGUGCCAAAACCCUGGAUAAGUCAAUUACAAAGUUACCAAUCGAGGAUCUCAAAAAUCUGGAUAAGCCAAUUAAGAAGUUACCAAUCGAGAAUGACGAAACUCUGGAUAAGCUAAUUACGGAGUUACCAAUCGAGGGUGUCAAAACUCUGGUUAAGCCAACCACGAAGUUACCAAAGAAGGGUGUCAAAACUCUGGAUAAGCUAAUUGGGAAGUUACCAAUCAAGCGUGCAGAUCUGCCGUUAUUUAAAAGGAUGCCCGACUGCUUCGAGUUCAACAAACAUGGCAAACUAGUGUACAGCGAUAAAAUGAACUUCUUCCAAGGCUGGGUUCCAGGUAAAAGAGAGAGAAAAAAAUUGGAGGCACGAAUUCGGACGAUUACGCACGUCGCUUCUAAAAGGAGUGCGCUGAGGGAGCUCGAAGAGAGGUUCAAGCGUCCAAUCGAGCGCGAAAUCCUUAAAAAUGUUCUCCAGAAGCUCGAGGAAAAGCCCGAGCAUGCGGCAAAACCCAAGCAAGUCUCUUCGAGGAAUGCGCCGCGGGAGCUCGAAGAGAAUCGCAGGUCUCUGGAAGAGCGCGAAAGCCUGAAAAGUACGCCGCAGAAGCCCGAGGCCAAAUCGAAGUCCAGCAAGCUCGCGGCGAGGUUCGAGCCUCAGGCAAAGUUCAAGACCACGCCGAAGCCCAAGACCGCGGCGAACAAGUCCGGCGAGUCCGCGGCGAAAGCCAAGCCCGCGACGAGGGGCGAGAUCCACGAGCAAUUGUACGACGAGAAUGGCAUUUUUAUUCCCACCCAGGAGGACCUGUGCGACUGCUUGGACGGAGAGUGUCCCGGCUGUCACUUUCCGUGCUCGACUUGCAGCUCGAGGAAGUGCGGCAACCCGUGCCGACGGGGGCGCGACGAUAUGUUUGAAGAAAUAAUUUUCGAAGGAUCGGAUGAAAAAUUUACAAAUGAGCCAUACAGGCAGGCAAUAGACGAGUAUAGAAAAGGCCAUUUCUUUGGAUUUUUAGGGCUCGAGCGCAUGUCAAUAUGAGUCGAGCUACGUAGGAAUCGAAAUAAUCAAUCGACGAUGUUUUAAUUCUGAAUAACAUGAACAAAACGAAUCAAUCUAUCUCACAAUGUUAAAUGAGUAGCCCUGAACGCUAUUUCCGACUGUAUAUUGUAUAUUGUAUCACAAAUAAAUUAACUUAGUUUUCAUGUAACUGCAUUACAUCCUGCAAAAAAA